UGGGGGAUAUCGAACCUUUAUUGAGGCUUCUAAAUGGUGGCUUGCAUUGAAAUAGAAAUAUAGCUUCCUGACCCUCCAGAUCUAGCUUCUCACUUUUCUGAUUACUGUAACAUGUUGGCCAACUCCCAUCAAUCCCUUUUGUCUUGUUAAUUGUAAGUUUUGAGUUGUUGAAUUUUUCUGACCCUUCAUUUGAUUUCUUGUACAGAUCUCUUUUGUUAAUAUCAAGAAAGUAGUCCCUGUGCUUUUGAAUAAGAGACUGUUCAAUAGUUCUGUUCAUAUGAAUCUUUUUACCCUGUGCUUUGUUUCUGCCUAUGCUUGGGUUUAGUUAAUAUUUUAUCAUAUGUGUUGGUUAAUGUUUGAACACCCUAGUCUGUUAUGACAUGUGAUGUCAGGGUCACUGGCAAUACUAAAAUAGAUAUUAAAAUGGGAUCUGAUUUUCUUUUCUUCUAACAGUUUACUAGUUAAUUUUCAAUUUGGUGGAGGUUAUUUUAGAACAUAAGCAGUAGAGUUAAUCUAAUUAAACUUCUCAGUUACCUGGAGCAUUGAGCUCAGGAGCUCUUCCAAACCCAGUAUGACUCGUAUUGGUUGGUAUUUCACAUGGAAGAUAUUUAAUAUGAACUUGGAUAUUGCUGAGAGUGGGAUAAAAAUUUCAGGAGGAAACAGUGGAUUUGGUCCAGGCUGGCUACAGCAAAUACAACUCAAGAUGUCUGGUAAAGGGAGCAGCACAGAUGGCAAAACAGACCUUGCAAAUGGAAGCUUAUCUAGCAGUCCAGAGGAAAUGUCUGGGACAGAAGAGGGGAGAGAAACAUCCUCAGGCAUCGAGGUUGAGGCUUCAGACCUAAGCCUGAGCCUAACUGGGGAUGAUGGGGGUGGCCCCAAUCGCACCAGCACAGAAAGCCGAGGCACAGACACAGAGAGCUCAGGUGAAGAGAAGGACUCUGAUAGUAUGGAGGACACUGGCCACUACUCCAUUAAUGAUGAAAACCGGGUCCAUGACCGCUCAGAAGAGGAGGAAGAGGAAGAAGAAGAGGAAGAGGAGGAGGAGGAGGAGGAAGAAGAGCAGCCCCGGCGCCGGGUUCAGCGCAAGCGAGCCAAUCGUGAACAGGACUCAUCGGAUGAUGAACGAGCCCUUGAGGACUGGGUGGCCUCAGAGACAUCAGCUUUGCCCCGGCCCCGAUGGCAGGCCCUCCCAGCCCUGAGAGAGCGGGAACUGGGCUCAAGUGCUCGAUUUGUAUAUGAAGCUUGUGGAGCACGAGUCUUUGUGCAACGCUUCCGUCUGCAGCAUGGGCUAGAGGGCCAUACUGGUUGUGUUAACACCCUGCACUUUAACCAGCGUGGCACCUGGCUGGCCAGUGGCAGUGAUGACCUCAAGGUGGUGGUGUGGGAUUGGGUUCGGAGGCGACCUGUAUUGGACUUUGAGAGUGGCCAUAAAAGCAAUGUUUUCCAGGCCAAGUUUCUCCCCAACAGUGGUGACUCGACUCUUGCCAUGUGUGCCCGUGAUGGGCAGGUGCGGGUAGCAGAGCUGUCCGCCACACAGUGCUGCAAGAACACCAAACGUGUUGCCCAGCACAAGGGAGCCUCCCAUAAGUUGGCCUUGGAGCCAGACUCUCCCUGUACUUUCCUGUCUGCUGGUGAAGAUGCAGUUGUCUUCACCAUUGACCUCCGACAAGACCGACCAGCAUCGAAACUGGUGGUGACGAAGGAGAAGGAGAAGAAAGUUGGGCUAUACACAAUCUACGUGAACCCCGCCAACACUCACCAAUUUGCAGUGGGUGGGCGAGAUCAGUUUGUGAGGAUUUAUGACCAGCGUAAAAUUGAUGAGAAUGAGAAUAAUGGUGUGUUGAAGAAAUUUUGUCCUCAUCAUCUGGUAAACAGUGAAUCCAAAGCAAACAUUACCUGUCUUGUGUACAGCCAUGAUGGCACAGAACUCCUUGCCAGUUACAAUGAUGAGGACAUUUAUCUCUUCAAUUCUUCUCACAGUGAUGGUGCCCAGUACAUCAAGAGAUAUAAGGGGCACCGAAAUAAUGCUACAGUGAAAGGCGUCAAUUUCUAUGGCCCUAAGAGCGAAUUUGUGGUGAGCGGCAGCGACUGUGGGCACAUCUUCCUUUGGGAGAAAUCGUCCUGCCAGAUCAUCCAGUUCAUGGAAGGGGACAAGGGAGGCGUGGUGAACUGUCUGGAGCCCCACCCCCACCUGCCUGUGUUGGCUACAAGUGGGCUAGACCAUGAUGUCAAGAUCUGGGCCCCAACUGCUGAGGCUUCCACUGAGCUAACUGGGUUAAAGGAUGUGAUUAAAAAGAACAAGCGAGAACGGGAUGAGGACAGCCUGCACCACACUGACCUGUUUGACAGUCACAUGCUCUGGUUCCUCAUGCACCACCUGAGGCAGAGACGACAUCACCGGGCUACAGGCCCUCCCUCCACCCCCACUCCCACCCCCUUCAUCUUCCAUGGCCAAGAAUGUGAAAUGCUUAGGGCCUGAAACACUGAAGCACUGAAACUGUGGACUGAAGAGAAACCCAGUUUUGGGGUCAGACAGAAUAGUACUAAUGGACUGAAUUGCAAUUCUGACCCCAGUCCUACCCAUUUUACAAAAUGGAAGGUAGUGUAUCACCCUCAUUUUGCAGUUGAAGAAACUGAGGCAGAGAAUGAAGUGAUCUGACCAUAGUCACAGAGCCAGUGGAGCAUCCAGAGCUCAUCUCACAUCAAUUUACCUACCAGGCCCCAUGGCCUCCUUCCAUGAGCAGGAGUAGGUGGAGGGGGCUGAUGGCAGAGAAAUGAGGGGCAGCCCUCCUUCCUCUAGGGACUGAGAAACAGGCGAUUUCAGAAAUACUGAGCCUCCCAGUGUCAGAUAUAGGCCUUGGCUGGGUGGCCCAAUGGAUGCCCCUUUCUGGGAAUACCCUUAUUCCCAAUCUCUCCAUGGGCAGGUGAGGGUGAGACAGGAAUGAACAGAGAAGUCUGGAACAGGGAAGGGGUAAGUGGGAAGGGGAGGAGGAGGGUGCUCUGGGUGAGGCAGCUCUGGAUAAAUCUUGACUAAAGAUCUCUCACUCCAUCUCCUUUUCCUCCUUCAACCUAGAGAGAGACCCCAGGGACUAUCCCUCCCAGCCACUGGCUUCUUCUUCCUCUUCUUCCCAACCUCAGCCUCUCACAGAACAAGCGACAGCUUUCUAGGCUGUGAGGGCUGCAGCUGACUCUCCCAGCCCUAAACCAGAUUGGUCCUAGGCCAGUUUCUUUUGCCCUGCCCAGACAGUUCUCCCUGCCUCGAUUCUCUCCUCCCGGCUUACUACCAGAACUCCUAAGGGACAGGGGUGAGGGAGUUGGCAGGUGGGUGGCCCUGGUAUUCUGGGCACUCGGGAUAAAAAUAUCCAGCUGGUUAAUCAGAUAGCAGAGCCCAACCCCUUGCUGGGGAGGAGGGGAGGCAAGAAGAAGCUGUGGGGAAGGAAGAGGGGGGUCCCUGCUCUCUCUGGCCCUACUCUUGCUUGACUCCCUUUGGGGAGUUUGAGGAGUUAAGGAGUUAGGAAAAGGAAACCUCUUAUCCCUGCUUCCAGAAAAAUCAUCCACUAUAUUCUGUCUGCCCAAAUCCCACUGUUCCCCAACACAGGCUUUCCCUCUUCCUUUUAGAGACGUUUCCCUCAAGCUCAGGAGUCCCCCUUCUCACCCCACCUCACCCCCACCAUCCCUGGCAGUUUUGUCAGGCAUGACCUAAACUAGAGGUGCUAACAGGUUGGUGAGAGGUAUGUGACAUAGGAGGAAGAGGAUGGGAGGAGGCAAAAAUCUAUGAGCUGGGAAGUCUUCCUCCUGCUCCCACGACCCUCCAGGGCUUGUAGGGAGGAUCCUGGACAAAGAGAAGAGGCAUGGAAUGAAUGCCAUCAACUGAGGAUAGACAAAUAUCUUGCCUGAUUUUGUCUUCCACCAGGCAGCUUCAUUCACUCCUGGCUCCACCAGAGAUUAGAAGGGAGAAUAGGUCUGAGGAGGUCAAUGGGUUUCUGAGGGUGGGGUGAAGAGUGGGGCCAUCCAGACCCUUGGGAAGUUAAGGACACUGCUGACCCCACCCUCUUCCUUUGGUCCCACCCCUUCGAUCGCCCCAAGGCACUCCACACUCCAAUCACAUCCAUUGUUUCCAAGUGGAUAAAGUAGAGGAAUGUAUGGAGGGGCCUCUCAGGAUGAUCAAAUCCAUUGCCUCAUUUUCUAAAUGAGGAAAUCAAGACUUAGAAAGUUGAAUUUAUGUUGUCCAAUGGACAGACACAGUUAACAAGUGGAAGAGUUGGGACUUGAACCCAUGUCUUCUCCAGUGCUCUUAGCCAGAGUCGUAGCAAAUAGGCUAAGGGCCUGCUCUGCUGGUCCCCUGGUGGUAGAGGUGAAAUCCUUGCCUCUUGCCUCUUUCUCAUCAAACAGGGUGAGGAUCCUGAAGGAUCCAAAAGUCGUCAUCCCCCAUUAUUGCCCAUUCUACUCCUAGAGACGCAGAAGAGGGUCAUGGGCCCUGGCAGGGCAGUGCUAUGUUCUCAGGAGACCCUCAGUCCCUUCCUCUCUCUCUCCAUCUUUCCCUCCCUCCUUCCCUUUCUCCCCGUUGCCCUCCCUCACCUCUAGGAUUAGCUCCUCCAUCUCGAAUUGUCUCUGGGAAGCCUUGUCAUCUUCGGGGGGAUCAUGGUAGAGCAGGGCAAGCACCUCGUACUUUUUGAGCACAUUCUUGUAGUUCUUGGCAUUGACGUUGACCACUCGAUCCACGCCAUCGUACUCGGGAAAGUCCAGUCCUUCCUCACCCCGUGCCCCUGGCAUGGGUGUCCCCAGCAGCAGCAAGAGCAGUGGCAACCAAAGAAAUGGCUCAAUCCCCAUCCUGCUGCUUCUCUACCGGACUCCCGUCCGUGGGGAGACUGGCAAUGGCUUCUUGGUCCAGAUGGGAGAUGGAUGGGAAUGGAGGGGAGAGCCCUGGGCCCUAAGUCAGGGAGCACAAGGGAGAUGGAAAGGCCCAGAGAGUGGACUGAGGGCACAGUCUGGUCCUAGGGACGCUGCGGACAGAGCCCAGAGGAAAAUGGGCAGGAGGAGGAGUAGCAAGCUGGGGGCGGGGAAGGAACUGGAGCUGCCCCUGAAAUCUGCACCCCCCUCCCCCUCCUCCAGCCCCUAUCCAGACUGUGGUCCCCCGCACCAGCCUUAUCCUGGCUAAAUAUGUCUCUGUGGCCGAUGGGAGGGGCAGAGGCCAAGAAGACUCCAUGGGGGGCCUGUAUCCUCCUGCCCAGGCUUCCAGUGCCUCCCCCCACCAGUGUCCAGGGCUCCUCAGCCUAUGAUCCCAAGUUGGCCUGAGAGUUCAUCGCCAUAUUAAGAAAGGAAAGGGGAGAUAUGCCUGGGCUAAAAAUAAGACCAGAUGAGUCGGAGGUAAAUGAAACUGGGAGGGGAGGGAGAGUUGGGGGCAGGGGUAAUUAGAGAGGGGAGAAUAAGGGUAAUUAGAGAGAUGGAACUUGGGGGAGGAGGCCAAAAAAGAGCCAAGCAUUCACUGAGUAAAGUUAGAUGGGCAAUAGAAGGUAAAAAGGGAAUGUGAUGAGCUCAAGAUAGAGUAAUAGAAAUGACACUGAAUUUGGAGUCUGAAGAGCUGGGUUUAAAUCACUGGAGUUCAAGUUACACAAUCACUUACUAGCUGUGUGACUUUGGACAAGUCACUUAACCAACCUGGACCUUAGUUUCCUCCUCUGUAAAAUGAGGGAGUUAUCCUAACAGAUUACCUCAAUUGUGACAUGUAAUCUGGAUAUGUCUAGGCAGAGAAAUGGGCCUAAGGGUGGGGUAAAAUCUAACACACCUGGCCUUAAGGUAGUGAGGGGGAUGGAGGGACUGUGUUACAUUAAUUUUCUAUUUGAAGAAACCUGGAAAAUCCUUAAAGGGUUCCUUUGCUUCUCAUGGAACAAUGUAGUAUAUUCAAGGAGAAAAAAAAAAGAUCUGCAAGAAGGAGCUUGAUCCUCUGAGCCCUACUUUGAAAUAUCCAGAGCCAUGAAUAUGGGUCCAGGAACUGGGCAUGCUGUGGCCAGCACUGACCAUCUAGCUAUGUUUCCCUUCUGCCUAUAUUUGGUACUGAUGGGCCAAUGGACCCAGGUCUCUUACCUCCCAGCCCAAUAUUCUUUGUUAGCAGAAUCGUCAGAUCUCAGGAUGGAGGGGACUUUAGAGGUGAUCUAGGCCAAUUCCCAGCCCAAAUCUUGAAGUCUAUCUUUCUACUUCCCCAAAGGAGAAAUAGGAAAAUGUUUACUUCCUCCAGGGCUGGGAGACCACAGAGAUCAGGAGAUCUUUUCCUCCUUUCCCCACAGUAGUCUUUUUUUCCUGCCACAGUAGUUUUCAUCUACACUCACCUUCCAUUUUUCCUCUUUCUCCCUCAUGCUUCUGUGUCCCUGUGUCCUCCCCUGGACUUGAGGUUCUGUCUUCAAGGACUUGAAAGAACCUCAUGGGAAAGAAGGAUUAGAUUCGUUCUGUUUGGCCUCAGAAGGGAGAACUAGGAACCCUGGGCAGAAUUUGGAGGAAAAUUUAGGCUUCGGAUAAGGAAGAAUUUGCUCAUAAUUAGAGCUGUCCCAAGUGGAAUGUGAGCAGCUAGUUGUCCAGUGGAUAGAGCACUGGAUCUGGAGUCAGGAAGGCCUGAGUUCAAAAGUGACCUCAGACCCUUACUAGCUGUGUGACUCCUGGCAAGUCACUUAACCUCUGUCUGCCUCAGUUUCCUCAAUUGUAAAAUGAGUUGGAGAAGGAAAUGACAAACCACUCCAGUAUCUUUGCCAAGAAAACCCCAAAUAGGGUCAUAAAGACUUAGACAUGAUUGAAAAAACCUAAAUAUCAAAAAUGACAACAAAGCGGAAAGUAUUGUCUUGCUAGGGAAUCGGUUCCUUCUUUUUUUUGCAGUUUUUCAAGCAAAGGCUAGAUAAUCACUUGUCUGGAGUAUCCAGGGGUGUACAGGAGCCAGUUAUAACCAGCUUGUGAAGAGCUGAUUGUUAAAUUUUUUAUGUGAGCAUUUACUCUUUAGAAAAUCCACUAUAAAUCAGGACUUCGUUGUUUUGUGGAUUGUCAAGACUUUAAGUGUUAUGUUAGUAAUGUGUUGAUAUUGCAGAUUAAACUUAGAAGUGUGUGUACAGACUGGA